UAGAUUUGACUGGCCGAGUGACUGCGGGGACGGGGACGCUCCUCAUCCAUUCGACUGAGAAGGCAAUGGCGCUCUCCUGCUGCUUGCUCGCCGGCGCCCGGGCGGCAGCCUCCCCUUCCCUCUCCUCUUCCCCCGCAGCCCUUGUAAGAGGCCGCCGCCACCGCCAGCCGGCCGUCGUCUCGGGCCCGCUCCCGCUCCCGCUCCCGCUCCCGACCGCCCAGCGGUGGCGCCGCGGCCUCCGCUUCUGCUGCGCCUCGUCCUCGUCUUCCCCGCCUCCGCCGCCGGUGCCGCCCGAGGAGCCUACAGAAUACGAGCUAUUGGACACGACCGGGAAUUGUGAUCCUUUAUGCUCAGUUGAUGAAGUUAGCUCACAGUACUUUGAAGCUAACUACAAGCCAAAAAAUGAUCUUCUGAAAGCUUUAACUAUCUUUGCAACAGCUUUGGCUGGGGCAGCUGCAAUAAACCAUUCCUGGGUUGCUGCUAAUCAGGACAUUGCAAUGGUGUUGGUAUUUGCUAUUGGCUAUGCAGGUAUCAUUUUUGAGGAAUCACUAGCAUUUAACAAAAGUGGAGUUGGUUUAUUGAUGGCUGUGUGCCUAUGGGUUAUCAGAAGCAUCGGGGCUCCCUCAACUGACGUAGCUGUUCAAGAAUUGAGUCAGACAACUUCUGAAGUCAGUGAAAUAGUGUUUUUCUUGCUUGGUGCAAUGACCAUUGUGGAGAUUGUUGAUGCACAUCAAGGUUUUAAGCUGGUGACUGAUAAUAUAUCUACUCGAAACUCGAAAACUCUUCUGUGGGUGAUUGGCAUUGUAACUUUCUUCCUGAGUUCCGUCCUCGACAACUUGACUUCCACUAUUGUGAUGGUGUCAUUGCUUCGCAAACUAGUACCUCCAUCAGAAUACAGAAAAUUGUUAGGUGCUGUUGUUGUGAUAGCAGCGAAUGCUGGCGGUGCAUGGACACCAAUUGGUGAUGUGACAACCACUAUGUUGUGGAUUCAUGGUCAGAUUACAACAUUGAAAAUAAUGCAGGGCUUGUUUAUUCCCUCAGUUGUUUCAUUGGCAGUCCCACUGGCUCUUAUGUCCCUCACCAGUGAAGCAAAGGGACCGUCUCAGAAAUCUUCCAGCUUGCUGUCAUCUGAGCAGAUGGCUCCUCGGGGGCAACUUGUAUUAGCUGUUGGAGUUGGAGCCUUAGUUUUUGUUCCAGUCUUUAAAGCUCUCACUGGACUGCCACCUUUCAUGGGCAUGCUGCUUGGUCUUGGGAUUCUCUGGAUCUUGACAGAUGCUAUACAUUAUGGAGACUCUGAAAGGCAGAGACUGAAAGUUCCACAGGCGUUGUCACGGAUUGAUACACAAGGAAUUUUAUUCUUCUUAGGGAUUCUUUUAUCAGUUGGCAGCUUGGAAUCUGCAGGGAUUUUGAGGCAGUUAGCGAACUAUCUUGAUGCCAAUAUUCCAAAUGCUGACCUUAUUGCUAGUGCACUUGGUGUGGCAUCAGCAAUUAUAGACAAUGUUCCACUUGUUGCUGCAACCAUGGGGAUGUAUGACCUGACUUCAUUCCCUCAAGAUUCGGACUUCUGGCAGCUUGUUGCAUUUUGUGCUGGUACUGGUGGUUCAAUGCUUAUCAUUGGCUCUGCAGCAGGAGUAGCUUUUAUGGGAAUGGAAAAGGUGGAUUUCUUUUGGUAUUUUCGCAAGGUGAGCGGUUUUGCCCUUGCAGGUUAUGCAGCUGGUAUAAUAUCUUAUCUAGCUGCUCAAAAUCUCCAUCUAUCCCUUCCCACUUCACUAGCUGAAAUCCCAUUUAUUCCGGGUUCAUAAAAUGUUGGCCUUUAUAGUCCUGUAACAAAGACUUCACUUUGGAUAUGGAGAUGAACCAAUACUACUGUCUUCCAUAUCUUAUGUAAGCUCCAACACGUUGGCAAAGAGUGUUUAGAACCUGGGGGAUAGAUAUCCAGACUGAAAUUAUGGAGACACAAUUUAGUACCCUGAGCUCCAAGGCCCCCACAUGAGCACCUAGUAUUUAGAGUCACGAGUGCUGGUGAACUUGGUUAGUUUAGUGCAGAAUGAUUCUGUGAGAAACUCUCCUGUUUACUAGGACUGUCCUUUUGAACCCGGGAUAUGGCGGUCUCCGGAUAUUUGCAUAUGUACACCGAAUAAAUAGGUGCAGCUUAGAAAUGUGUGAUUAUUGUAACAAACAAGCUUGUUUCAUUAUUUUCCAAAGAGGCGAAGCUGUGCCAUUAUGUAUCCUAAGAUGCAAUAAGAUGCAGAAAUCUUAUCA